UUAUGUUGAAAGAGUAACCGGAAAAGGAUCAAGUUCUCGGCGCUGCUGCCUUCAGACGGUUCGGGUCUGAACUCUGAGGCGGAUUGUCCUCUGUUUGCUGACUCUGCUGUGGAAACCCUAAUACGGAUUUGAAGAGAGAACAGUUAUGAUCCGAUUGCUAAGUCAUCGUAGUAACCGGAGGCUGAGCUACCUCAGAAUUCAAAAGCGCCAUGAGCAUCACAAGGCCGUCAUGGCCAUUCGACGGGAGGACAUCAACCCAUGGGAACGGAGAGCGCCGUUGGCCCCACGGCAUGUCAAGGAGCUGACAAAUGCCGACUACAAAAUCCUGGUCCAGCCGUCCAACCGCAGAGCAAUCCACGAAAAGUACUAUGCUAAAGCGGGCGCGGUCAUUCAGGAGGACAUUUCCGAGGCGUCCCUGAUUAUUGGGGUGAAGAGGCUGCCGGAGGAGAAAGUCAUUCCCAGAAAGACCUACGCUUUCUUCUCUCACACCAUCAAAGCCCAGGAGGCUAACAUGGGACUCCUGGAUGACCUGUUAAAAAAGGAGGUGCGUCUGAUCGACUAUGAGAAGAUGGUUGAUGCAAAUGGUUACCGGAUCGUGGCCUUUGGCCAGUGGGCCGGUGUCGCAGGAAUGAUUAAUAUUUUGCACGGAUUGGGACUGAGGUUUCUUGCUCUUGGACACCACACCCCCCUUAUGCACAUCGGAAUGGCUCACAACUACCGGAACGUCAGUCAGGCUGUCCAGGCAGUGAGGGAUUGUGGGUAUGAGAUUUCCAUGGGACUCAUGCCCAAGUCCAUCGGACCCCUGACGUUCUGUUUCACUGGAACAGGCAACGUCUCCAAGGGAGCCCAAGACAUCAUCAACGAGCUUCCUGUUGAAUACGUGGAGCCUCAUGAGCUCAAAGAUGUCUCACAAACCGGAGAUAUGACAAAAGUCUACGCCACCGUCUUGAGUCGACACCACCAUCUGGUCCGGAAGAGUGACGGCAUCUACGACCCCGUGGAAUACGAGAACCACCCAGAGCUGUACACGUCUCACUUCAGGACCAGCGUGGCACCCUACACAACUUGCCUAAUCAAUGGUAUUUACUGGGAACCGCGCACUCCCCGACUUCUCAGACGAAUCGACGCUCAGAAUCUGAUGAGACCUUUGACACCCAUGUCAACAAAUGAAGGUUCACCGCAGCUGCCUCACAAACUCUUGGCCAUCUGUGACAUAUCUGCUGAUACCGGAGGUUCCAUUGAGUUCAUGAAUGAGUGCACAACUAUUGAUAAGCCGUUCUGUAUGUAUGACGCCGACCAGCACAUCGAUCACGACAGCGUGGAGGGUAACGGGAUCCUGAUGUGCUCCAUUGAUAACCUGCCUGCUCAACUCCCCAUUGAGGCCACAGAGUACUUCGGAGAUCGUCUCUUCCCCUACAUGUGGGAGAUGCUGUCUUCGGAUGCCACCAGACCGCUGGAGGAGGAAGAUUUCAGUUCACAAGUCAGAGACGCGGUCAUCACCUCAAACGGGAAGCUAACCCCAAAGUUUGAAUACAUCGAAAAGCUCCGAGAGCGAAGGGAAAAGGCCCAGAUCUUGAAGAAAAGCGGGAUGAAGCGUGUGCUGCUGCUGGGUUCAGGUUACGUGUCUGAACCCAUUGUUGAGUAUCUGACCCGUGACGAGAAGAUUCAGGUUACUGUAGUAUCAGCACUGAUGAAGCAGGCAGAGGACCUGGCAGCUAAACAUCCCAACACCAUUCCCAUCAUGCUUGAUGUCAGCAGCCAGGAAAGACACCUGGACUCCCUGGUGAAAGAUCAUGAUGUUGUCAUCAGCAUGCUGCCUUACGCCUUCCACCCAAUCAUUGCCAAACACUGCAUCAGCAGGAAGGUGAACAUGGUCACUGCGAGCUACUUGAGUGCUGCCUUGAAGGAUUUGCACAGCAGUGCGGAGGCAGCAGGCAUCACCAUACUGAACGAGAUGGGGCUGGACCCGGGCAUCGACCACAUGAUUGCCAUGGAGUGUAUCGACCAGGCCAAAGCUGACGGCUGCACCGUGGAGUCCUACAUCUCCUUCUGUGGAGGUCUACCUGCUCCCGAGUCUUCAGACAAUCCUCUUCGCUACAAGUUCAGCUGGAGUCCGUAUGGUGUCCUCCUCAACACCAUCAGCCCUGCCAUCUUCCUCAAGGAUAACCAGGUGGUGAAGGUCCCAGCUGGUGGAUCUCUAAUGGAUGCCACUACAGCCAUGGACUUCUUCCCUGGUUUUAACCUGGAGGGGUUUCCUAACCGUGACAGCACCAAGUAUGUGGAAUUGUACGGCAUCGAGACGGCACACACUGUGAUCCGAGGAACGCUGCGCUUCAAGGGUUUCUCAAAGGCCAUGAGCAGUUUGGUGAAGCUGGGUUUGAUUGACAGCGAGCCCUGCGUGGCACUGCAGCACAACGCCGCUCCUGUUUCCUGGAAAGAGCUCCUCUGUAAGAAGAUGGGCAUGUCCUCCUCCAUGUCCCAUGAUGCCUUUGAGGGGGCUGUUUACGAAUGUGUUGGACGGGACGACGUUGGAAUGGACAGCCUGAGAUGGUUCGGCGUUCUGAGCGGUGACCCAGUUCCUCACGCUGACAGCAUUCUGACGGCACUCGCAAAGCACCUGGAAGCCAAAAUGUCCUACAGUAAGGGCGAGCGAGACAUGAUUGUCUUGAGGACUGAAAUCGGUCUUCGCCACCCGACCGGCGAGCUGGAGACCAAAAACAUCAGCCUGGUGGUGUACGGUGACCCCGACGGCUUCUCCGCCAUGGCCAAGACCGUGGGCUGCCCAACCGCCAUUGUUGCCCGCAUGGUCCUCGAUGGUGAAAUCAGGACAAAGGGUGUCAUGGUUCCUAUGACCAAAGAGGUCUACGGGCCGGUACUGGCAGAACUGAAGCGGGAAGGAUUGCAGGUUGUCUCCAAGAGCGUGAUUCAGGAGUGCUGAGGACCCGGCUGCCGAUCCGACACCUGGGUCAGAUUGACUCGACUCACCAAGUUCUUCAAAGAAUCAGAAAAUGUUUGUUCAGAAAUGUUCAUUUAAACUGUAUUUGUCAUUUUGGUUCUGAUGUUUACUUCUGCAUUUGAUUCAAAGUAUUUUUGUUUUUAUAAAUGUUUCAUGUUGACAAACUGACUCGACUGAUGGAAGCAGCUUCUGACAGUCACCACGUGAUGGCGUCAGAUAUUCAACAUUUUGGUUUUGAUCAAUUCAAAAAUAGUUUGUAAUCUCAAAAUUAAAUUUAUAAAUUUGUGUCUAUAGAUUUAUGAACCACAUGAGUGAAAUUUAAUGAGCAGCAGCUAAUGAGCUCAUUUGAACUUUGAAACAUCAAAUUGUUUGAUUUUUUUUUUUAAAUGGUUUCAUUUUGUAAACGGUUAUUAGCAACUUGAACUGUAUUCAUGUCGUUUUAAAUGAUGUUUUACUGUCAUAAACACAAACACAUCAUGUAUUCACAGCAAAGAAUUUGGUGUUGAUGUCGCCUCGGCAGACGCUUCAUCCUUCUCUUGCUAUCAACAUGUGAGUGCUUUGGGUGUCACCGGGAGCGGCCAAAUGAACAUGUAGCUAAAAAUAAGCUUGAUUGUUGCAUUCUGGGCCUAGUUCUGGAAGGCCACCAAAUCCUCGGUCUUACAGUAGUGUUCAGAAUAAUAGUAGUGCUAUGUGACUAAAAAGAUUAAUCCAGAUUUUGAGUAUAUUUCUUAUUGUUACAUGGGAAACAAGGUACCAGUAGAUUCAGUAGAUUCUCA